UUCAAAAAUGUUGCUGAAUCUGAUGUUUAUCCUGUUGUUUAUCAUCUCUCUUUUUAUUGGACUAAAUAACGCUCAAGAAAAGGACAAUCUUAAAAAGCUUGAAGAUUUUCGUCAAGCAUUAAAUGUCAACCAGUUCUCAAGUCCAGAGUAUCCAGCAAUGUUUGGAAUCGUAGCGGGUGUAUCUAUUGUUUUAGUGGUUGCUGUAACAUUCAUCGUUGUUGGGUUGUUUAGUAUGGAGCCAUCUAAAGACUCGAUAAUCUACCGAAUGACAAACACGCGAAUGAAAAAGGACUAA